UUUGUGAACUGUGUAGCCCAAAUAAUGCAUAAAUGGACAUGGAGCAAAAAACAUAACCUGAGAAACCAAAGCUAAAAAAAUGAAUAUUCGGGUACCAUUUACAAUUUGACCAGAUGAUUAAUUGCAUUCCUGUGAAAAUGACAAUUUUUAUGAGUAGGAUUAAAAAAUUACAGAACCAAUCUGUAGUCUGAUCUGUUCUUCUUAAUAUUUUACCUGUGUGUGUGAGUGUGUGUGUGGCUGAUUCUUUUUCUUUGGUCCUUGCGCCCCUUCCUUCUUUCUUUCACGAGCCUUUCUUAUUUUUUUUUCUCUCUCCUUUAUUCGUACUCAGCCUCCCCCAAUCGCAUUACAAUUUCUUUCCCUUCUUCCAGUUCUCCCCAAAAAAACACACACUCACACAGUCACAAACCCCAACAACAAUUUCAUUGCCCAAUCCCCAAUGCCCAGAUUCUUCCUCCUUCCCAUUCCUCAAACCUAUACAUCUUGAAACUUGUAAGAAAAUUUUUUCUUUUUCAUCAAUUUAGGCUAUUUAGCUCAAAAUGAAGAGGGAAUAUCCAAGGACUUCAUCCCAACCCCAAGAAAGCACCUUCUCCGGCGGGGCUGCCGGCGGUGGAGGAGCGACUUCUUCCGCCAGUGGGAGCUGUUUCACGACGGCGAGUUCAAACACCGAUUCCACCAAAGGGAAGAUGUGGGUCGACGAGAAUGAUGAGCUUUUAGCAGCUUUGGGCUACAACGUUAGGUCUUCCGACAUGGCUCAAGUGGCCCAGAAGAUUGAGCAGCUGGAGAAUGUGUUCAAUGGGGAAAUCGAUGGCUUAUGCAAUCUUGCUGCGGAAACCGUUCAUUACAACCCUUCAGAUCUUUCUUCUUGGUUGGAAACCAUGAUUUCCGAGCUCAACCCUUCAGAUUCUUCAUCUGCAGCCACGAUUUCUUCCUUGGACAACUGUAGUUCAAGUGCUGCUCUGUCCACCAGUCAUGUGAUUUUUGACGAUUCCUCCUUCGAUUCCGAUCUCACCGCCAUCGCCGGCACCGCCGCCUACCCUCAAAAAAUCCGGCCACCUCCGGCCGUCCCGGUGGUCCAGACACCGCCAAUUCAGCAGGUCCGGUCACAUUCACCGGUUGCCCAACCUCCACCUUGUAAAAGAAUGAAGCCCUCUUCUCAAAUGGGCGUCGCCGGAGAUUGGACAUCAAUUCCGGCGGCUCCCCGUCCGGUUGAGCCGACGACGAGGCCGGUUGUUCUGGUUGAUUCACAGGCUAAUGGGGUUAGGCUUGUCCAUGCUUUGAUGGCUUGUGCUGACGCCAUCCAACAGGAAAACCUGAAAUUGGCUGAGGCUUUGGUUAAUCAAAUUGGGAUGCUGGCUGUGUCUCAAGCCGGAGCUAUGAGGAAAGUAGCCACUUAUUUUGCCGAAGCAUUGGCUAGAAGGAUAUAUGGAGUCUAUCUUCCCAUCCAACACGAUUCCGCUUUCACAGAUAUGUUACAGAUGCAUUUCUAUGAAACUUGCCCUUAUUUAAAGUUUGCUCAUUUUACUGCAAAUCAGGCAAUUCUGGAAGCAUUUAAUGGCAAAACCCGUGUACAUGUAAUUGAUUUUAGUAUGAAACAAGGUAUGCAAUGGCCAGCUUUACUCCAAGCUUUGGCUUUGAGGCCAGGUGGUCCUCCUAGUUUUAGGUUAACCGGGAUUGGACCACCCUCACAUGACAACACUGAUCAUUUGCAAGAAGUUGGGUGGAAAUUGGCUCAACUAGCUGAGACCAUUAACGUCGAAUUCGAGUACAGAGGAUUUGUGGCUAAUUCUAUUGCUGAUUUAGAUGCAUCCAUGUUUGAUAUACGGGAAGGGGAAACAGUAGCUGUUAAUUCCAUCUUCGAUUUGCAUCAACUGUUAGCAAGGCCCGGUGCCAUUGAUAAAGUUUUGACCUUUAUCAAAGAAUUAAGGCCUGAAAUAGUGACUGUGGUGGAACAAGAAGCGAAUCACAAUGGCCCUGUUUUCUUGGACCGGUUUACCGAGUCAUUACACUAUUACUCGACCCUUUUCGAUUCCUUAGAAGGCUGUGGCGGCGGCGGAGGAAACAGCAGCGGUAAAGAUGGUAGUUCCGGUGGUGGCAGCGGCGGUGUCAUCAGCGAUCAAGAUAAGGUGAUGUCUGAGGUGUAUUUAGGGAAACAGAUCUGCAAUGUUGUGGCUUGUGAAGGGGUUGACCGGGUUGAGAGGCAUGAGACUCUGGAUCAAUGGAGAGCCCGGUUCGGGUCAUCCGGGUUUACGCCGGUUCAUUUGGGUUCCAAUGCAUUUAAGCAGGCUAGUAUGUUACUGGCAUUGUUUGCUGGAGGGGAUGGGUAUAGAGUGGAGGAGAACAAUGGAUGUUUGAUGUUGGGAUGGCACACAAGGCCCUUAAUUGCCACCUCGGCUUGGAAACUCAGUCCUUAGGCUUGUCGAGUUGAUCGGAACUCAGGACGGGCCGAUUGACGAGUUGAUCGGAACUCGGAUUAACUCAGUUUUGGGACGAACCACAGAUCAGGGUCUCUGCUUUUAGCUUAGGUGCCUUUGCGAGGGCCACAUUGUGUAUCUGUCUCUCCGAUGUUGCAUUUUGUUUUUCUUGAAUUUUUAUUAAGAUGGUUAUACAUAUCCAGUGUUUGUAGGUUUUGAAAUUGAAUAUCUCCUUUUCAUUUUUAUGGGGUAGAAUUAUGUAACAUUUUGAGGGGUGAAUCUUGAAGAAAAAGGUGAAAUAUCUAUGUGUAUAUAUAAGUAUGUAGCGUUUUGCCUAAUAAAAAGAUAUGGGGCGUCUCUAGUUGUUUUUGUGGAUUCUUUGAUUGUGAUGUGUGACGUUCAUGGCAAAAUGGGAUAUUUGUGGAGUGUGUGUUGUAUAAACACUUUGAGAAUACAUUGG